CCUCCGAAGUCCUUCGUUCGGAACAACGUCCACUCGAGACCCGCCCUGCCAACAGCCCCAACCCGCCAGCCCGCCAGCCAGCCCGCAAGCCCGCCCGCCACUUCACCACACAACACAACACAGAACCCCCCCAAAGGAAGGAGGAAGGAAAAGAACCCACGACUCCCACAUGGCUGCAACGUCGUUCUUCGCCAGCGGCCCGCAUUCCUCCUCCCUGCCGUCAGCCAACAGCAACAGCAGCAGCAGCCUCAUCGCUUCAGCCGCUGCCAUGGCCUUCGACCACCAGCGCAUGCCGCCAGCUCCCGCAAAAGAGAUGACUCCGCUUACCGCCGCUUCGUCUCCCGCUUCCAAGAAGGUCAGGCUAUCGGCUACCGCUGCUCUUGCUCCUUCGGUGGAGGCGACGGCGGCGGUGGCGGGCCCGGCUCGCUCCCACCAGCUUCCGAUCACCCCUGGCGAUGUUCAGAUGGGCGGUUGUGUCGGCGACAAAGGGAUCCAGACGACUCCGGCCGCCGUACUAGCGGCCGAGAGCUGCAUUUCGCCGUCUUCCGCGGCGAAGACUUCUCCAGACGCCACGCAACGCCUGCAAUCCAUUAGGACUACCAUCUCGGAACAGUUCGACAUUGAGAUCCUCCUCAAGCAUCGCGAACUUGGCAGCAUCGAGAAGGAGAUUGCAAAGACUCAGGUGGCCAUGGAACAGCUUAGGCGAUGCUCCCUGAUACCCUACGCCGACAGCACCGAGGCUCAACUACACGCCCAGCUCAAUUACAAACCCCCCUCUCACAACCCCCACCACAUCCCCGAUUACGCGCCGGCACCCGAUGGUGUCGUUGACGGCCCGUAUACCAGACACUACCGUCAGUGGUUGAUCGCGCACCAGAGAUUCGAUGGCCCCACCGCGCCGACGUACGUGGCGCCUCCACCCACCCCCGGACUUGAACUGUUCCAGAGUCUGGCCGACAGCGGAAGACCACAGAGGCAGAGCGCCUUGAAGGCGCAGACAAAGAGCGGAGUGCAGGUGUGCUUGUACCGGAAGAGGGAUGGUACAUUGGUUAGGUUGGAAUGCGGUACCUGUCACCGGAGCAACUUUUCAUCCGCGCAGGGGUUCAUCAACCAUUGCCGUAUCGCACACCAGACGGAGUACGCUUCGCACGAUGCCGCUGCUGAUGCCUGUGGCAAGGAGGUCGACGAGGAGGAACAGGCGUCGCUCAUAUCUCCCAUGCUCCGAACGGCUAUCGACGGCCCCGCAAGAAACACGCGCCAAACCCAACAGCAGUUUUCCCCCGCUAUGCCCACCCCUCAGAGCUCGUACCACUCCAGGUCCGCCUCGUUCUCCCAAACUCCGGUCAACACCAAGCCACCGACACCAACGACCAGCACACAACGCAAGGGUGGUCGCAGGGCGGCCAUGACGGUGAACACCCCUAAGACUCCGGCACCACAACACCGGGGUAGCAUUUCCGGCUCGGCUACAUCGCCGAUAGACUUUAGUACCACCAAUUUAGAGAGCCAUCUCAAGAGAAAGCGGCCCGACCUGAAUGUCGAAGGGCUGCUGAAGGAGGUUACCGAAAAGGUUGAGUGGGUUCACGACCGCUCCCGUUCGCCUAGCUUGGACUUUGAAUCGGAAGAAGACAUCUCGCCUAUGGGUCCCAUGUUCAGAUCGAGAGCAUUGCCUGCACCUCUGCCGACUCAGCAACACACCCCCGCGACUUCAAUGCCCCCAACCCCCACCUCCCAGGAGUCGUCGAUGGACUAUAGACGUUCGCUGUCCGGAUCAUCGCCGCUUCCGUCUCGGGGCGAGUCUUCGAACUCCAAGCCUCAGCGUAUUUCUGCCGACGGCGAUGUCGAGAUGGACGACUUCGACGCUUCUAGUGACGACGACGAUGGUGGAUACCGUUCCGAUGGCGCCCAAGGAAAUGACGAUGACCUCUACUCUGUUACCCACCGAAGGCCCAUGCAGGGGGAUUCCAUGGAAUUCCGGAGUGUUGAUUCCCCCACGUUCGGGCCGAUGCUUGGCAACGGUGGAAUCUACUCUCAGUUCCUGCAGCAGCACUCGCAGGGAAACGCAUCACCUAUGUCCGGUUUCAUCGGAGGAACUGCUCUCCUGAACGGCGGUGGUAUCCCACCAGCUGCUCCACCUCCCCCUGCAGUCACCAUCAACCCCGCCGUGCUCAUGAGGAACACGGAUCACCCGUCGCCUUCGCCGGCGGUGAUGAACAUGGCGCAGAUCACGGCGGCGCUUCUCGACGGAGCCGCAUCGAUGGAGCCCGAAGUUCCGAAGCACGUUAGAUUCGCCAUGCCGGGAAUUGGAGGCGACUUUAGGCAGGAGGGCCUCAAUGGUUCGGUUUAGACGGGUUUUACGCUUCUUCUUCUUCUUCUUCUUCUUCUUUCUUUCUUUCUUUCUUUCUUCCUUAGCUUUCAAUUUCGGUGCUUUUUCCUUUAAUCGUUUUCUUGUAAAUCUUUUAACAUUUUCUUGCGAGUGGGUGGUGCUACUGCUGCUGCUGCUGUCGUGAGGCUGGGUGACGAAGGGAGAGGAGAGGAAGGAGGAGAGGGUCAGGCUUUUUGUCAUGAAAUGUUUUUUUGUAAC